AUGGCCCCGCGUAUCCUGUCCGCCUUGGCAUUCGCCGCAACCGCAACCGCAUUUCCGGGAAGCGGGAGCAGCUUCAACGCCACGGCACUGUUCGGCCCUCAUGUUUCGUCGGGGACACUAAUUGCGGCGUUUUCCGACCCAGGCUUCGCCAGUGUCGUUGGGCCGCGCUGGUCGACGUGGGAAGCCCCGACCUAUGUGGCUGCCAUCAAGCCCGCAACCGUGUCCGAUAUCCAGCAGAUUGUCAAGAUUGCCGGCCAGCACCAGAUCCCGUUUCUCGCCACCAACGCGGGCCAUGGUGCUGCAACGGGCUACGGCGACGUCCAAAACGCCCUCAACAUCAAUUUGGCCCACUUCAACAGCGUGUCGAUAGACGUGGCAGCGAGCCGCAUGACCGUCGGCGGAGGCACCAAGUUCGGAGACGUCUUCGACCCGCUCUUCGCCGUCGGGAAAGAGCUGCAAACGGGCAACACGUGGUGCGUGGGUGUCAUGGGAGCCACUCUCGGCGGCGGCAUUGGGGCGUUCCAGGGCCUGCACGGCCUCGUCAUCGACUCGCUGGAGAGCGUGGAGAUGGUCACGGCCUCUGGAGCCCUGGUCAAGGCCUCCAAGACGGUAAACUCCGACCUCUUCUGGGCGCUGCGUGGCGCGGGCACCAACUUUGGCAUCGUGACCGAGGCCACGUUCGAGGUGCACGACUACACCAACAGCGGCCGGGUGGUGCUGGGGCAGUUUUCGUUCCCGCCGGCGGCCAACGUGUCCGUGUACUCGGCGGUGGCGUCCUUCGACCGCUACAUCCCGCCCGAGCUGGCGCUGUUCGUGUCGGCCACGUUCAACCGCACCGCCGGCGAGUCGCGGGUCAACGUGGCCGUCAUCUACUUUGGCCCCGUGGCCGACGCCCAGCCGUUUCUCGACAAGUUCGACGCGCUGGGGCCGCUGGCCAAGGUGGUGCGCAACCUGACGACGCCCGACCUGUUUGGCAAGGUCUUGUCCACGGGCGUCUGCAACGACGGCGGCCGCCAGAACCCGUACCACGUUGGCCUGGGCAGGACGGACGUGGCCACCUUUUCAAAGUUCUUUGGCGAGUUCGACACGUUUGCCAAGGCCCACCCCUCGUACGCUGCCGUCGUCGUCGCCCAGCGAUAUAGCAACGUCGUCAUGGGCCAGACGCCCGACACGGCGACGGCGUACCCGUGGCGGGACAUUAAGACGUAUCUGCUUUUCAGCAAUACCUACACGAACAACUCGAUCGAAGGUGACGUGGACGUCGCCUCGAAAUCCUGGCGGGCCAUGUUUGAGGCCACAAGCGGCUUCAGCACGCCGCACAUGUACGUCAAUUACGACCACGGAGACGAGGGGCCGGCGGCGAAGUAUGGCGCCAGGAAGUUGGCAAAGCUGCGCGUGCUGAAGCAGAUUUGGGAUCCCCACCACCUGUUUGGGACUCCGAAUCCGCUGUACUAG